ACCAGAGUAAAUCCCAACAUUAUGCGAGUAAAAAAGUUCUUGGCUCUUUCGUUAUCUCGUUUUAUAGUGCUAGACAAAAUGCGAAUUCCGUAGUUUUGCAUGUGUAAUCGGUGUAAUUGUUAUUGUGUUUGACGUAAUAAUAUAAUUGUUAUGAAAAAUAACCUCUUCGUUAUUAAUAUUAAUAGAAAUAAAAACUCAAAUCGUUAUAGGCGUACAGUAAAAAAUAGUCAUAUACAACGUAGGAUCGGGAGUGAGGGAACUUGAAAAAAUAGGUCAACAGUUGAAAACAUUCACGCAGCGCAGGAUACAUACUUCUAAUGUUGACAUUGAGACAGCUGUAUUGUUAAUAGGAAGAAUUGAAAACAAAAAAAGAAAGCUAGAAUGGCGAAGAUACAAGCUUCGAGUGUGGAUCCCUUACCGAAAAGUUUCGUGAGUGCAAUGAGAACGUUGUUUCGAAUAAUGGACGAUCAGAACACAGGUUACGUGAAGUAUUCGGAUAUCGAGGAACGUUGGCAGGAUGACGGUACCCAGGGAUUGCCCAAAGGAGUACUGGAAAGUUUGAAAAAAGUUACGCCGCCCAACGGGCUAUUGAGUUUUGAAAGAUUCUGCGCUGGUUUGAAAAUUUGUUUAGUUCAGAUACAGGGUAGUGGCGACGAAGUUAAACAAAAGGAGUGUCAACCAAGUCGACCGCCUUCGGCGCCUAUUCUGGCAGAAAAUGUCAAUAAACCUGUGUGGACUUCGCCUAAUACCGCUGCCAUAAGACCUAAUAAUGCCAUAUCGCAACAGCGUACUCUUAGCAUGCCGCAAUUGCUGGGAGGACGCAAAGACAACUUGAAUGCACCCAAUGAGGCCAUAGAAUCACGAAAUGUUCCAGAAGUCAAGGCUGUUAAAACCUAUGGUCCUCCCAAACCCCCCAGAACCGGAGCAGCCACAGAAGGCAGAGCGCUGAGUUCCGAUCGGAGUAUUGAUAAAUCGGAGAUCAGAACUGUUCUCCAAAAUUGGCAGAUGGGCCUCAUGAUGGGAGAAGACAAACGACAAGCCGCCACCAAUUUUCAAACAGAUUCCAGAACCUUACUUAGGCCAGCCAGAGCUCUGGGCGAUGGAAAAUCUGUCGAUUUACAAAACAACCAGGCUGGCUUGCCACCUAAAAAAAUGAUUGGUAGGCGUAGAGAACCUCGACGUCAUACGUUGCAGAAUGGUAUUGAUUACAAUAUGAUGAAGAGAAUGCGUCAGAUUGAGCAAGAAAGAGACCUGCUGAUGCAAGGUUUAGCAGCAGUGGAUAAAGCUAGAGAAUGGUAUCUCAAGCAAAUAUCAUUGACUCAGGAGAAGAUCAAACAUCUGGGUCGCAUGGGCUCUCAUGUGGAACAAUGGACAGAGGCACAACAAGAACGUCUGGAGUUGCAACGUGCUAGAGUCCUGGAAGUAAACCGCCACUUGGCAGCCUUGAUAACCAGUUGGGAGCGCGGGGGUCUUCCUCUUCACAUGAAUUUGGCUUUUUUGAGUACGCCGAGUGCUGCUCAACUCCAUCAGGACAUGUUGUCACGUCUGAAGCAUCAAAAUCAUCGUUUAACCGAGGAAGUAAGCAAGAAGAGCCACAAAAUAGCCCUUCUGGAACAAGAAAAGGACAAUUUAAUGCGCGAAUUGUACAGUAGACAACCGGGCAUGGUGCAAUCACGAAGAUCAACAAUGAUUCAUGAACAACACGAUCAGACAUUCAUGUAAGAAUAUAAUGGAACAAACGAAGUUCUUCCAGGAAAACUUGACUUAUAACGCCAGGUGCAAGCUAACAUGAAACACAAUAUAUAUAUUUAUUCCACUACAUUAAUGCGAAUGAUAAGAAAAAGAGCUUGGAUAAAUCAUAUAUGAAUAUACAUCGAUGAAAAUAUGUAUAUUUGUAUAUACGUAAUAUUAUCUAAAAUAAUGAGAAAUUUCAUGGAAGAUUGUUUAACCGUUGUAAUCCGUCCAUAAAAAAUUUGUUUGUUAUUCUUAUAAUUUUUCGACGUGAAUUUUUUUUGUAAUAAAUUAUUCGAUUCGUAUUCAAGAAA